CUCUACUCCCGCCUUCCGGGCAGACGCGACUUCCGCAUCCGACCCUGCAGUGCGCGGCGUCGGGUGCCCCGUGCGGUCAUGGCAGUCGCUGGGCCCGGGUCCGUGGAGCUGGGCUUCGCCGAGGAGGCACCGGCGUGGCGGCUGCGCAGCGAGCAGUUCCCCAGCAAGGUGGGCGGGCGUCCGGCGUGGCUGAGCGUUUUUAGGAAUCAGCUGCCCAGGAAAAAUGAGUUUUACUCAUUUGAGCCACCUUCUGAGAACCGUCCCCCAGAUGCAGGAGAAUCUGUGUGUCUCCAGCUCCAGUCUGGCACUCACCUGUGCAGGGUGUGUGGCUGCCUAGCCCCCAAAACAUGCUCCAGAUGCCACCAGGCACAUUACUGCAGUAAGGAGCAUCAGACGAUAGACUGGAGGUUGGUACAUAAGCAGACUUGCACACAGGAUCAGGUGGACCAUACAGUUCCAGACCACAACUUCCUUUUUCCAGAAUUUGAAAUUGUAAUAGAAACGGAAGAUGAGAUUAUGCCUGAAGUUGUAGAAAAGGAAGAAGACUCUGACAUUGUAGAAAGCAUGGGUGAAACACCUGAAGAAGAAUUGGAUUCCAUGGCCAAGCAUGAAUCUAGAGAAGAUAACAUAUUCCAGAAGUUUAAAACUCAUAUAGCCCAUGAACCAGAGCAGAUUCUCCGAUACGGCAGAGGUAUCGAGCCCAUCUGGAUUUCUGGUAAAAAUAUUCCUCAAGACAAGGAUAUUCCAGAUUGUCCCUGUGGUGCCAAGAGAAUAUUUGAAUUCCAGGUCAUGCCGCAGCUGCUGAACCACCUGAAAGCAGACAGACUGGGCAAGAGCGUGGACUGGGGCGUCCUGGCUGUCUUCACCUGUGCGGAGAGCUGUAGCUUGGGCAGUGGCUACAUGGAGGAAUUUGUGUGGAAGCAAGAUGUAGCAGAUACACCUUAAGGCUUUAAAGUCACUUAUGUCGUAACACUUGCAAUUCCGUCCUUAGAACUUGAUCUAAGGAAGUAACUUAGAGUAGUUACUUAGUAACUUACAGACAUAGAUGUACAAACAUGUUGCUGGAGGCAUUGUUUUAUAAUGUCUAAAUUGAUAAAACAAAAAUGUCCAGUGACAGAAAAUUUAGUAAAUUUUGUUAUAUCCAAGGAGGAAAAGUAAGUGUUGUAUCUAUGUGGACAACAAAUAAGAGAUCUAAACACCAUUAUAGAUGGUGUUUAUGGUAUGGUAGUUUUGUACAAAUAUUUAUACAUGCAUAUGUACUUAGAAAUAAAACUAGAAAGUUAUACUGAACUGGUUACCUGCAAA